GCAUUUUGAAAGCGUCAACGCUUCUUUUUAAUUGACUCUGACGAUUAUAUUUAAGCUGUUGAUCUUCUCGUCGAUGUGAACAUUGGCCCCACCGUCUGAGUAAAGGGCGGGUUAGAGGGGAUCUCUUUCGGCCCUUGCGGUGGGUCGCGCGGGAGGGCCGCGGGACGACGUACGGAAGACGGAUAUGGUGACUGAGUUGGACUAAUGAGCAGCGAAGGCCAAAGAACUUUUACUUUGAUUCAAUCACGGGGCAAAGCUUGAAAAGAGAAAGAGAAAGAGCGUAGCGGUCUUAAUAGACGUUCGGUCUAUUAUGUUGUUACGGUAGCAAAAACCGAAAACGGCGGGAGCCGAAGAGCGCAGGCAAAGAAUGCGACGGCGUUCCGUCACGCCGCGUCGCGUUUGAUGGAACAGCCGAGCUCAUCCUUAUGCAUUUCUGAGGCAUCAAAACAAAAAAAAAAAAACAAAAAAAAAAACGAGAAGAGGAGCUCGUGACGGGCAGAUCAUCAAGCUGAAAUUCAGGCGGACGAUGUCGGGAACACAGGGGAGGUACGCACAACGAGCAGAUGUGAACGUUUGCCAAUAACCGUUUUUAACUAGAGGAGAUGACCUUCUCGUCCAUUCGGGGCAAGUUUUUAACAAAGCGCUAAUUACUCGGUUGCCUUCAUCACUCUGACUGCAUCCUCGUAAGUGAUGACGACGUCCUUUCUUUCUUUUUCAAGGAAAGAAAUUCUCGCCGGUGCGGGGCUGUGAGGUCCCCCAGCAUUGCGGGAAUCGGGGGACUGGAGCGCCGUGCGCGUCGUUAUGUCACAACCAAUCAGAGCGCCCUUCAUCAAUGGGGCUUGUCUGAUUGGUCGGAGCUCUAUUGGCGCUGUUCGAGCUGAUCGCAGCAAAAGGAGGAGGAGCUUAAGAAAAAAAAAAAAAAGGGCUCAGCAUGUAGAGCUUUAGAAGAAGAAGAAGAAGAAGAAGAACUAUAGCUGGGCUAGUGUAUAGCCGUGCCACUCUAUUCGGCUCGCAUUCAGUAGUUUGAUAGACACUUGAGCAGGGCGGUCAUGGCGUCCUAUACGUUGCGCAUCAACCAGCCAGCGACGGCCCAGCAUCACCACCACCACGCCAGUGGCCAAGUGAUCGGCGGAUCGGCGGCCAAUUAUUUCAACGCCAGUGGUCACAAUCUCGGCCCGUCGUCGAAUUGCGCGUCGGGCACGGAUCUGUUGGCCGUCAACACCUACCUGGAACGAUUCUCGAGCGGUGGGAAUAGCACGCCCGCCAUGGCCUAUCAGCCGGACGUGACGGUGAUGGCCAGUGACAAGUUUAGCAAUUUCUACAUGAACAAUAAUAACAACAACAACAACCACAGCUCGGCUGGCAAUUAUCAGAGAAUAACGCCGUCGAUGGAGAGCCAACAACAACAACAACAGAGUGAUUAUUUCUUGCCGUAUCUUGGCGGAUCGCAUCAGCAACAGCAGCAGAUGGCUUCCCUGCAACAGCAACAGAUCCACCAACAACACCAACAGCACCAACAGCACCAGGAACAACAACAACAGCAACAACAAUCGUUACUGGCCCAAGAUCAGCAAUGGCCCGUGAUGCCUUACGACAAUUGCGCAGCGGCAGCGGCGGCUGCGGCGGCCGCCGCCGCCGCCGCUGACACGCUCAAAAGGUUCUCCGUGACGCGUCUCAUUCAACAUCAUCAUCACCAUCAUCAUCCGAUGGAAUCGCCUUCGUUAAUAGGAGGUGCUAGAUCGUCUGCCGCGGGGCCCGGUUGCGACCCGUUAAUUCCCGCCGUCGGUGUAGCCGUUCCUUCCGCCAACCAAUCGCCCACGUCGGUCCACGCGCACGGACUGAUGCCCUCGGUCAGGGACGAUUCGGAGACAUCAUCGCACGCCACCGAUAAAAGCGACGAUGAAUCUGAAGCCGGUGGCGAUCUUGCCAACAAGAGCUGCGCUAAGAAGCGGAGCAGUUCGUCAUCGUCUUCGCCUUCGUCGCCGUUGAUGUCGCACCAUCAACGUCACCAUCCUCAUCACUCGAUGUCCAGCGUGUCGUCGUCGAGUGGCGGCGGCAGCAAAAAACCUCGUCGCAACCGGACGACGUUCACCAGCGCUCAGCUGUCGGCAUUGGAGAAAGUCUUUGAGAGGACCCACUACCCCGACGCUUUCGUACGUGAAGAUUUGGCCAAGCGGGUCAGCCUCAGCGAAGCCAGAGUUCAAGUGUGGUUUCAAAAUCGGCGGGCUAAAUUCAGACGAAACGAACGAUCGCUUCAAUCACCGUCGGCCACCAGCGUGGCAACGUCGCCCAUCCACCGGGUUGCGACGGCCGUUUCAUCGUCCUCGUCGUCGUUCUCGUCGUCGUCGAUGACGUCGCCGCCUGUGAGCGGCGCCAAAUCACCGUCGGACGUGAGCGCGUCCGACCAGGCGUCUUUCGCAGCCCGAACGGCCCCCACCGUCCCGUCGCCCAGCAGCUUCGAUGGACUGUACGCGGUAGGCAGCUGGAAGGCCAGCAGUGCAGCCCUGACGGCCCACUCUUCGCCGUCCGGUAGUAGCGCGUCGCCGUCGAGUCAUCAUGCCGCCGCCUUGGCUCUCAUGCAGUCGACAGGUUUCUCGUCGAUGUACCCCAACCCGAUGCCAACCUGCAAUUACGGAUUGGCGUCGCUUCGCUACUCUGGCGGUAUCAACUAGACACAAACUCUCCCUACGAGUUAAGUAAAAAUUUGACAAACCAAAUGAAACAAGAUCGAUAAACAAAAAACAAAAAAAAAAAAAAUUACGACGUUAUGCAAUUUAUAGAUACUUGUUGCUGUAUUGACGGAUAUAUUUUUUUUUUUCGUUUGAUUUUAUUCCCCCCCCCCCACCCCUUCCGCCAAAUGUUUUUUUUUUUCUCUCUUCCCCCUUUGAUUAUUAUAACAUUGUUGAUAAUUCUUUGGCCUUGGCACACAACGACAGAGGGAAAACAAAUCCUUCAUUUUCUUUUCAAAUCUUGUCAUUCUCUUGUCUCGUUGUGUGUUCCUUUUUUUUUAAUUAUUAUUAUUACAAAAAUUGGCAUAUACAAAAUACACUACAUCAUGCGCGUCGUCGUGAUUGCUGGAAUGACUAGGUGUCCGAUGAUGUAAAAGAAAGCAGUUUUAAAAAGCCAAUGGAGAAAGAAAAA